AUGGGAGGAGAUCCAGCUCUGAGGUCGGAGUUUGCUGCAGUAAAGGCCCCAGGUCUCUCCUGUCCUUUAAAGCUGCCACUGCUACUGAUGGGGCAGCCACCGAAAGGUCUGGAACCUGCCAGGCUGGUCUCUUCGUCUUGCUCUUGGAAGAAGAUUCUUCAGUGCACCUGCUCCUUCCAUGGGGUUCCCACACCCUCUGUGCAGUGGUGGAUAGAAAGUCAUAUUGUGGGUGUGGACAGCACGAAUGACAGCCACCGGGUGAAUUCCACCAUCCUUGCCCCCUGGAACAACACCACCAUCAGCCUGACGGAACUGCCAAAAAUGGGCACAAGGCUUCUCUGUGAGGGGGAGAACGAGUAUGGAAAUUAUUCUAUGAGCAUCGUACUCAUGUCAAUAAAGAGUUAUUUGAUUACCCAGAAUUUCAUCAGCGGACUCUUCCAAGGCCUUAUCUGUGGGGCCAUUGUGACGACACUGCUCUUCCUCUGCCUCAUCCCACUCAUAGUGAAAUAUGUCAGAAAGAAGCUGUCAAAUAAAAUUGAAGUGACCGAGACAGAAGGGAGCCUUUCAGAUCCCAGCGUGGCUCUGAAGCCUGAGGAACCAGGAAGAGCCGUAGUCAUGCCGUCUUCUGUGAGCUGGAAUGUGGUGGGGUUCCUCUUGGGUCUGAUCUUAGAACCUUUGAAAGCGAACUGUGAGCUGCUGUUUGGGUUAACCAGGAGAAAUAUGCCCCAUCCUGGAAUGGUGUUGAAGGAGCAGUAA